AUGGCUACACCCAAUCAGCACACUGCUACUACUCUCCCUAUUCACGGUGCGAUCAAUACCGCCAUCACUGCCCAGGAAACUCCUUCUGUGUCUCAAACCAACAACUCGAUACCUCACUACAACAUUGGCGCCCAAUCUUCUGCAAACAACCCACCUCCAUCUCAACAACACAACUCGCUUCCUCAUCAACUCAUCUCAAAUCAACCUUCUUCAAACAACACUUCCAACACGACCACCACCCAACCCUCUUCAUGCCCGAGUAACAACAACACCUCUGACAACACCACUCCCUCUCUCUACCAAAACCUCACCACCACCCUCGCCAAAAACACCACUAACAUCAAAAACGUGCCUCCCCAUAUUAAGAUCCUUAACCCUCCUCCAGAGCCUAAGGACUGGAACACAAUGACACUGGCCGAGAGAUUAGAGGCAACUACUGCUCUUCCUCUGCAGGGGUUUGAGGAGUAUGAGUGGAGGAUUCAGAGUGAAGAGGCGGGGAUGAGUACUUGGCCGAUAAGGAAAAGAGGGAAGUGA